AUGGGUGCUUGUAAGCGCGCGAUUCAAUUGGGCGUCAAUUCUGGGAUUAACUCGGUCAGAUUGCGAGGAAUCAAUGCAGCAAGAGAUUCUGCAGUAAACGCGCUCAAAUUGACUGGAAACUCUGUCAGUUCAUUUAGUUCGUUAUCCUCGAGUCCGCCUGGAUACCAAUUCGACUAUAGACAGAUCUCUCAGCUCGUCAAGCCCAAGGGAAAACGUGUUUAUCUUGUUGAUACGCUGGCACUGGUUAGGAGUUUAGAAGCAAAAGGCAUACCUUCAAAACAUGCGGAGGCAAUAACAUUAGCAAUGACUGAGGUUUUGGAUGACUGUAUGGAGAAUAUCUCACAGUCUCUCAUUUCGAAAGCAGAGAUGCAGAAAAUUAAGAUGCGUCAAGAAGCCAACCUUUCUAGGUUUCAGUCUGAAGUUCAAGGUUCCCAGGAACGUCAUUUUUCUUUGUUGCAACGUGAAGCUGAAAAGCUCAUGAAUGAUAUCCAGAAAAUGCGUGGCGAACUAAGGUAUGAGAUUGACAAGGUCAAUGCCGGCCAGCGCUUGGAUUUGAAUCUUGAAAGGGGUCGCAUCCGAGAUGAGCUUUCCAAUCAGAGUGCGGAAACUACAAACCUUACUAACAAGCUUGAUGGAGAAAUUCACGCAUUGCGAGCUCAUAUUGAAGCAGCAAAGAACGAUGUGAUCAAAUACUGUAUAGGGACCCUUUUAUCUAUAUCUGCCGUAGGUAUCGGAAUGAUUCGCGUUUUUAGCGCCAAAUAA